CUCUCGUCUCAUGUUAUUUCUCUCCCUCUAACUGACUGACAGACCGAUAUCCCGUCCCCUGAGUCGACAUGGGGUCCCGCGGUGUCCGGGUGUUUUACCACCGUAUGCUGGACCGCGUGGAGCACGUGCUACCCGCGCGCUUCAGACCCUUCUACAACCACCCCGCAGGACCAAAGACAGUUUUCUUCUGGGCGCCGAUGUUUAAAUGGGGGCUGGUGGUGGCGGGCGCGGCCGACUUCACCCGCCCAGCAGAGAAGCUCAGCACCUCCCAGUCCGCAGUCCUCAUGACCACUGGCGUGCUGUGGUCCCGGUAUUCCCUGGUCAUCGUUCCCAGGGUGUGGAAUCUGUUCGCCGUCAACUGUUUCCUCGGGCUGGCCGGAGCCACGCAGCUGUACCGGAUCUGGAGGUACAAUUCUGAGUUAAAAGAGCUGCCUGAAGUUCCGCCAGGAGAGAGCGCUGUUUGACCGAUAUCCGCAUCAAAAUUGCCAAAAGACGUACUGUAUGUUGAUAUGCUUAGAAAACACGGUGCUGUCCAAUCACACACGCUGUUCUCUCCCGAUGGGAAGAGGUAAAAACACAUACUUUAAUAUAUUGAAAAGUAUAUUUAACAUUUAUAGUAUAUUUAAGUGUACAUUGAGUGUACGUUCUGAUAUAUUCCUGUCUUUUCUCACGACACAAAUGUUUAUAUAUUGAAAUAAGUUGUUAUUUCAAUGUUUAUUUGAACAAAAUGGGACUUUUGAGUUUCAACAAUAAUAUCUGUUUCAUAAUAAUAUAUUUCUUCAUCUUUAGACUGAAAUAAACGACCACUGUCUUUAUUUAUUUGUUCAUUUAUCCAAUGUUUCUUUCUUUCGUUUGUUGUUAAUCAAUAAAGAACAAAUACAACGUUUUGAAUAAAUGCAAUGAUGUCGUGGCUUGAACCAUA